CUAAACCACUCAGCUAAUGUACGUAGCACGAGGUGCCCUGGGAGGCGGCCCGCCGUGGACAGUCCAGAUGGAACUGGAUACCUGGGCGCAUUUGGCUCCCCUCCACCGCCUGACGUGAAAGAAUCAGAGCCGUGUGGAUGGAUAUGCACGCCUCCACGGUCGUGUUGGGCCAGCCUGCAUUGUUUAGUUGCAGUCCAGUCCAGCACAGUACAGCACAGCACAGAGCAGGGCUGCUGCUGCUGCUGCCACCACAUACGCACGCCCUCUCCCGAUCCUUCUUCCAUUCUUCCUUCCUUCUGUCUGCUUGCUUGCUUGCUCCUUCCCGAUCCCUCCCUCUUCCUCCGACAACCCCAUCUUCAUCUUCAUCCUCAAUCAAUCAAUCCGCAUAAACCCCCAUCUCUUCUGUGGGAAAUUGCUCCCGCUUGCUUCGUCGUCCCCUCAGCCUGCUGAAUGCGCAAACCCCCAUCAUUCCCUACGUGACGGCCAAUCGUUUCAGCGCUGUACCUUAGCAGCACCCGUGCGCUGCACUGCACCCUUCCAUCCCGGGCCCCAUCGCGCUAUGACUUACUGAGACCGACCGCCCUUGUCUGACCGUCGUCGUCCGAGCUGCAGUGCCAGCCCUUCUUCCUCGCCUCCGUCCUCGACUUGUUGCUUGCCUGCUUGCUUGCUUGCUCGCUCGCUCGCCGCUUGCUCGUCGACGCCUGAACAACUCGCCUUCUUCACAGAAGCUCCUCCCCGAGCUUCUCGUCACGCUUCCUCCGAGAGUGCCUGGGUGCUCUCUCCAUGCAUCACAUCCCUUGACCACUCUUUGGGUGCGCGAGACCGACGCCUCGUUCCACCGUUCAAUCCCACUUCAUCCCAACAUACUCUCGCACUUCGACAUGGCCACCGCCGCCUUGCUCCCACCGGGGGGCAUUGCCCUCCUCGAUGCUCCCGACACCGACAUCGGCUCCAGGGUCGCCAAACAAACCCCAACUCAAGCAAUGCACGUCGAGAUGACCCAGGAUAUCGUCGACGAGCUGCUCGAAAGCGUCCGCAACGGCCAGCCUCCCCAGCUUCUCUUUGGACGUACUCCUCAACUCAAAUACGGCCACAAGACACAUACUCUGCAGACCACCCCCGAGAACGGCCGGUACGAGUUAUACCAUACCAGCGGGGCUGGUAGCAGCGAUGACGACCUUCAAUUCUCCAGUUUGGUCAACCAUACCUUGGUGGUGGAAAGGGCAGAUGCCGUGACAGCAAGCGUGGAUACUGCUCUGGAGCAGCUCAAGAACAGCAUGGCAGCCAUAUCGGAGCUCAAACAGGCCAACAAGACUGUUGUUGGCAACACAACCCCCAUGCGCACUCCUGUCCACCGCCGUGUUCCUUCCAAAAACCUUGCCCAGCAUCUUGCUCCUUCCUCUAUUGGUUCUCCCUUGCUGAGCGUUCCUUCCUCACCCAUGACCAAGAAACCUCCCACCUCACAGCCCAACACCGCCCAUGACGCUAUUGUGAAUGCACUUCGCAUACCUCUCCUUCACCUUCUCGCUGUGCAACCAUCCAAAGAAGUGCAGCUAGCCGAGACCUGCCGCAGCUCUUCAACUGUCUUGCGGGACGUUCUCCCCAAGAUUGCGAAGCGCUGCGCAGAUGAUGCCGAGAAGUGGCAACUGACGGACAAGUCCUUCCGUGAGAUCAACCCGUACAAGUUUCCCUACAAGACCGCAGAGGACCGUGAGCAAGCCAUUGGCAACGCAAUCAAGGCGUUUGAUCGCCUGCGGCUACCCAAGGACGACAAACUUUGGCAAAUUCUAUUACCUCGAGAAGAGCGGGGCCAAGGUAAAUGCCUCUCGCGUCUCAACGUCAAAGCACCAGAUCCAAAAGCCACCAAAUCCUCAACACCACUCCACAAGAUGCCAAAAAUAGGCGAUAAGAAGCCCGCUGCCAAGAAGGCCGAAUCGAAGGACGGCGAGAAGAAGGUGAAGGAUGCCAAGGAAGUGGAGGUGAAGCCGAAAAAACAGGUCAAGGAAAAGGUGGUGAAGCAGCUGAGGAACGUGAAGGAAGUCACGAUGAAGCCAGCAAAAUCAACACCCAAAGCAGCCGCCGCGCCACCACCCACCAACCGCUAUGUUCCCUCCGAGAACACCAAGAUCCGCAAACAAAAACCCGCUCCCGCAGCUACCGCAGACGCACCUUCCAACGGGUCCCCACGUGUCACCCCCAAGAAAACCGCUCGCGAGCUUCAGCGCGAACGAGCUAUCCGCCCAGCCAAGUCAGCCAUGUCGCUCAACACCAAACCAAAGAACCCAUCUCCACUCUCCGCGUCUCCACCAGUCAAUGCGAGCGACUUCGAAGACAACCAUCCCGUUCACAAGGCUCUUGCUGCUGCGCCUUCUCCCGCCAAGACACCUGCUGGCAGCUCCGAUCGUGCGUUGAAGCGCAAGGCGAAUGACGUUGACAGCGAUAUUCACAAUCACAAUCAGAACCUGGCUAGCAAGAGGCAGCACGUCGACCGGAGCACACCGAGCAAUACACCAGCAAGCUCUAAUGGCAGGUUCAGCGGCAGCACCCCCUCGACCAACAGUUCUCUGAAACGCAAGUCCGACGAAUCCUCUACCAACAACACCCCAACCACCAAAAUUCGCAAAGUCAACAACAUCAACACCGCUCUUGCCUCCCGCUACCCGAACAACUCCCAAAUAUCUCCAAGCGAUUCGUCAUCAUCGCAAACCUCGCCGUCCAUUGCAAAUCUAAGCUUCCGUCAGACGGUCGAGUUGAGCCAGAAGUUUCAACGGUACUACAAAAAGUAUGAAGACCUCUAUUGGCAAUUGAGCGAAUCAGAGGUUGCUCCGACUGAUGCACAGAGGAACGAGCUGCUGAAAAUGCACAAGAAGUUGGAGGAAAUGAAGCGAGAAAUAAAGGCUGGGGCCAAUUUACGACGGUAG